ACUCAUUUUGUUACCUCUUUAAGACUUUUUCCAGCACAUACAGUUACCUUUUCAGGAACAGUAGGACUCACAAGGCCCAAAGCUUGGUCAUAAUGAGGUAAAACCACAUUUCUGAGGUCCGGAUUAGGGUGUCCAUGCCCAUGAGAAUGUCUUCUUUAGAGUGUGUGAGGUGACCCCACCCACACACUUUUUUUCAGUGCCCUUGUUUGGACAACAGGCGACUUCAAUGUGUGUGUGUGUCUGUUUGUGUGCUUUCUCUGAAAGCGAAAUGCUGCUUUUGAGAUCCUCUCAAACUUUUUAAGAGCUCUUUACUUCUUUCCGAGGGGAGACGGGGCCGCGGGGUUGUCUAAACAAUCCCCAUUUCUGCACACACUGGUCUGUGUAAGGUGUCUGAACUGGGUCAGCUGAGCUCACGUGUCGAGAGAGCGAGGCACCCCCACACUAACACACACAUAAGAGAUUCUCCCCUCGGCCUGGAAAAACACCACCAGUUUGACAACAGCCACCAUCACGGCUGCUGCAAAGAGUAUUGUCACACACACACCCAGACACAAGCAUAGAACACGCACAAAUUGUUUCUGACACAUAAAUCAACUGUGACAUUCCAUGCUAAACACUCUCACCUCACACACUUGUUUCAGGCUGUUACUCAUUGUUGACUAUGACAAAGACGACACAACAGAUAUGAAGCCACACACACGCACGCACACACACACACACACACACACACACACAGAGAUGCUCAUAAUUAAUAAUGAGUCCCUGUGACUCCUGCAUGUGAAUCCCACCCCACCCAGCGUGUCUCGUUGAAAACACGCAUGCACAUCAGCUGAUCUGCUCACAUGACCUUACUCAUGCGUCAGUUACAAUUUCUCGACAUAUCUGAACUUACAAAUCUAUCUAUCUAUAUUAAAUCAGCUUACAAAAGCUCUGCCUGAAGAGCCUGCAAUGAGCCCCUAAAAAUUGCUCUAAAUAUUUAACUAAUUUAUUAAAAUCACGAGCCAGCUGAAUGAUGAACAAAACUUUUUCAGUACAGUACCUCCACCUGUCAUUUGUUUUUGAACAAUGUUUGAACCAUUUAAGCUUUACACAAGCAGUUAACAUUGAUUUUGUUGGGUUUGGUUGUCUCCUGCCAUGUGCUAGUUAAUAGUCAUUAUGAAGUAUAAUAUUGUUGUAAAUGAUAGUAGGGGCCAGCUUUAACUGUGUGGUCAGUAGUGAAGGGGGAGGGCAAACACUGGUGCUGUUUGAAUUUGUGUUUUUGUUGACAGGAGCAGUGGUCAGUGGGUAAGAGUUGACACACACAGGUUUUUAUCAGGGGGAAAACAAGAGUUGCAUGCGCAGAAUAGGUCAGAUGAGUAACACAGUGAUUAGUCAAGGUGCUGAGAUGAAUCGAAGGCUUGGGUGUAUAACUUUUCCUGAGAGUCUUGCACAUAUGCAAUUUGGACUUUGCUCUGUCUGCCUCUACCUUAGGACGUAUGGGCCUCAACUUUCAUCAUCCUGGAGCAGACCACAUAAUGCCAUUGAACACCCGGAGCUAUGGCCGUAGAAGAGGUCGUUCCUGCCUUUUCCCCUUCGAAGAUGGUUUCCUCGACGAUGGCCACGGUGACCCCUCCUUGACCCCGGGCCUGAACUCGCCGACCCGCUGUCAGAACGGAGAGCGGAUGGAGCGCUACUCCAGGAAGGUCUUUGUUGGAGGACUUCCACCCGACAUAGAUGAAGAUGAAAUCACCAACAGUUUCCGUCGCUACGGGCACCUGGUGGUCGACUGGCCCCACAAAGCUGAAAGCAAAUCCUACUUCCCACCCAAAGGCUACGCCUUCCUGCUGUUCCAGGAGGAGACCUCUGUUCAGGCCCUAAUCGACGCCUGCAUCGAGGAGGAUGGCAAACUGUACCUGUGUGUGUCCAGUCCCACCAUCAAAGACAAACCGGUCCAGAUCCGUCCCUGGAACCUGAGCGACAGUGACUUUGUCAUGGAUGGCUCCCAGCCUCUGGACCCCCGCAAGACCAUCUUUGUCGGAGGAGUGCCGCGGCCCCUGCGUGCAGUGGAGCUGGCGAUGAUCAUGGACCGGCUGUACGGCGGCGUCUGCUACGCCGGCAUCGACACCGACCCGGAGCUGAAGUACCCGAAGGGAGCCGGCCGGGUCGCCUUCUCCAAUCAGCAGAGCUACAUCGCUGCCAUCAGCGCUCGCUUCGUUCAGCUGCAGCACAAUGACAUCGACAAAAGGGUGGAGGUGAAGCCUUACGUCCUGGAUGACCAGAUGUGCGACGAGUGCCAGGGGGCGCGCUGUGGGGGGAAGUUCGCCCCCUUCUUCUGUGCCAACGUCACCUGCCUGCAGUACUACUGUGAGUACUGCUGGGCCAGCAUCCACUCGCGAGCCGGCCGAGAGUUUCACAAGCCACUGGUGAAGGAGGGGGGGGACCGCCCUCGACACGUGUCCUUCCGCUGGAGCUGAGGGGGGGCUCGUGAGUCGACCCUGCCCCGGUGAACCCACACCUGACCCCUAAAAAAAGAAAAAAAGGCCUCCUGCUAUCCCACAGCCUGGGACAGUACUGCAACAUCCCCCCUCCCACAAUACACUGCCCCAUCUACUCCACCCGGCUACCCACAAACACCUCAUGAAAAAAAGGAUACCACCAAACACACGGGACUGUCGUCAUGCCUUGCGGCUCUGAACUCAUCGCCUGGUGUUCCCCCAUGUUGAAGCUUUGUGGGGGAAAAGAAUCAGCGUAGAAAUUGCACUUUGGCACAAGAUUUCACUAAACACACACACACACACACACACACACACACACACACACACACACAUAAUGGUAUGUUUGACUCCUGGCUACUUUCAGUUCCCCGCUCUGUUGACUGGGUGGUGUGGUACGUCCUCUUGGACCCGCACCCCCCUUACUGAGACAGAGGUGGGACCUUACAAAUAUUUUUAAAAAAGGUAUAUAUUUUUUGUUUUCUUAUUGACCUAUACAUAUAAAUAUGAAUAUAUAUAUAUAUAGAUCAUUCAAAUUGUAUGCAACAGGAGCAUGCACUUAGUUAUAUGGCCCCUAGUAAAAAUCAUAAUUACCAAAGGCAAGGGAAAUUAGUGCACAGAGAAAAGCAGGUGGCAUAAGAUGUAGCAAGAUUUAACAUCUAUCCAUUAGUGUGGGCCCGUAUCACCCAGAGUAAAAUAACACGGCUACAUUCGCUUUCAAUUCUGACUCUGAAAA